UGCCCUCUGGGUGGGGUAUGUGGCUCCAAAUUGCAGGUGCCCCCUGCAGACUGUGUCCUGUCAUUCCCCCUUGCCCCACUCAGAGACCAUACAACUCUUUGUCAGGUGCAUUUACAGGGAGUGACAGCUAGCCCCCCUGUGACGAUAAGGAAUCUCCCAGGGCCUGUUCCCUCCCCUUCAAAACCCCUUGGAGGUAUAAGGAGGGAACUGACAGCCCAGACUCCUAGGCUCCAGAGGGGGAAAGGGAGGGGCAGGGAGGAAGAGAAGGACAAGCUUGGGGCAGGCAGGGUUUCUUCUCUCUCUGCCCCUCUGCCUGGCACUUGUGACCCAGCCAUGGGGACCUUCGACCUGUGGACAGAUUACCUGGGUUUGGCACGUCUGGUGCAGGCUCUGCGUGGGGAAGAAGAGCCUGAGACCAAACUAGACUCCCAGCCAGAACCAACACCAGGACGAGGGGAUCAGAGGUCCAGCCCAGAACCUUCGCCAGGUCCAGAACGCCUGUGCUCUUUCUGCAAACACAACGGCGAGUCCCGGGCCAUCUACCAGUCCCACAUGCUCAAGGAUGACGCAGGCCGGGUGCUGUGCCCCAUACUUCGAGACUACGUGUGCCCCCAGUGUGGUGCCACUCGAGAUCAUGCCCACACCCGCCGCUUCUGCCCACUCACUGGCCAAGGCUACACCUCUGUCUACAGCUGCACCACCCGCAACUCCGCAGGCAAGAAGUUGGCCCGGCCUGACAAGGCGAGGACACAGGAUUCUGGUCACCGCAGAAGAGGAGCAGCAGCAGCAGGAAGAGCCAGUGCAGGUUCCAAAGGUGCCAGGAAGUCGUCUGGACCUUCACCCUCUUUCUGCUGCCCCUCCACUUCUGCCUAGGAGGCAGGUGCAGGGAGGACAUCUGGGAUGCUGCCUUCCCUGGCCUGGGGAUGCUGACUCCCUGAAGGCUGGAUUUCCAAGAUGCACCUGGCCAGGACCCUCCCCUGAACCGUUCCCCCAGCCUGGGGACUUGAGUAAGGAAGCAGGGUCUGGAAAUACUGCCAAAAGAGCCCUGUGAGGAAGGAGGUGGUCCUGGGACACCCCUGCCCUUCCUCCCCAACACAGGGUACCCAGUCAGUGCUCAAUAAAUGCGAAUGAAUG